AUGUCCGGUGUGCCCGUACUCAUUGAAACUAUUAGGGAGGAAGUUGAAAAAUUGCGAUCGAAAUUGACAUCCGCCGGUACUUCCAGUAAUAACCCAACAAAAUCCGAAUCACCCAACAAAGUAGAAGAUGAAGAAAAUUUAGAUCUUAUGAGGGAUUUAAGGAUAGCAACUAGUCCUAUUGCGGUAGAAAAUGUCACAGCACUACGCAUGAUCAAUUGGCGAAUCAAACCAUCUAACAAUAACACCACCAAUCAAAUUACUCGUGAGCGUGAUAAGUUGCAAGCUGACGAUAAUGAGGGGUCCGAGGAUUCGAUAUCGCAAAGUUUGGCCUUGGUCAUACCAAAAGCGACCCGAGCAGAAAAACACGUAACCAAGCCUAUCUCGGUGCUGGAGUUACUACGAGGCGGUGAAAGAUUCGAAAAAAAUGAAAAAUUACCGAUCCAGCGGCUAGAAAUCGAGUAUAUAAUGAAAUUAUGCCACCUAGGGUAA